AUGUCUGCACCAAAAGGCCCUUUCACCCUCGUCACCGUCAACACAGCCCCUGAGCGGGCGAAGCGGCUCAUCGGCCGCUUGAUUGAGGCCCUCAAGGACCGGUAUACGAUUAUCCAUGUCGAUAACUGCGAGAGUAUCGACCAAGUCGCUCCAAAGGUGACAGAACACAAGCCCGAUGUCUUGUUCAGCGCAUCCAUGUGGUCCGCCGAGCAAGCCGCAGAAAUCCAGUCCGUUGCGCGCUCAAUCAGGCCGGAUAUCAAACUGCAUGCGAUACCGCAGGGGCUGCAGGUUGAGAGGGGACCCGAUGCAAUUGUCGAAUAUCUUGUUGAGAAUGUGCCGCCGCUGUUGGACGGGGAGAAUUAA